GACCUAUUAAGAUUCAUGCUACAGGGGUUGUUGGACGCUGUGGGCUUCAGAGCAGAAAUAAGAGAAAAGUAAAGGAAUGAGGGUGGGGGAGCCACACGUACAAAAUUACAAGCAGUUCAUUAGUUCUCAUUGUAACUCUUCCCGGAGUAUUGCCAAUAAUCCACGGGAUGAGAAUAGCGGCCCCUCAGUGGUGUGUCCUGCUUCUAGCCUGACAGUAUGUCACUCACAUAUCAGAGGCAUUCUCCUUUGGGAUUCAUCUCUAGUUUUUCCAUGUUGGCCUCUUGCCCACAACUCCAUUUGGGGAAAAAAAAUAAGAAGCUCUCCUACUAAAACAAUUGAAAAUCACUCUUUUUCAUGAAAGAUGCAGAGGUUCUAAAGACCAGGAGUUAAGCAACAAGAGGGGACCAUGGACAUCGAAGCAUACUUUGAAAGAAUUGGUUAUCAGAACUCCAGGAACAAACUGGACUUACAAACAUUAACUGAAAUCCUUCAGCACCAGAUACGAGCUAUUCCCUUUGAGAACUUGAACAUCCAUUGUGGGGAAUCCAUGGAGCUGAACUUAGAGACCAUCUUUGAUCAAAUUGUGAGGAAGAAAAGGGGUGGGUGGUGUCUCCAGGUUAAUCAUCUCCUGUACUGGGCUCUGACCAAAAUGGGCUUUGAAACCACAAUGUUGGGAGGAUAUGUCUUUAACACUCCAGCUAAUAAGUACAGCAGUGGUAUGAUUCACCUUCUAGUACAGGUGACCAUCGGUGACAAGGACUACAUUGUUGAUGCUGGGUUUGGACGUUCCUACCAGAUGUGGGAGCCUCUGGAAUUAGCAUCAGGGAAGGAUCAACCUCAGGUGCCUGCCAUUUUUCGCUUGACAGAAGAAAAUGGAACCUGGUACUUGGACCAAAUCAGAAGAGAGCAGUAUGUUCCAAACCAAGAAUUUGUUAACUCAGAUCUCCUUGAGAAAAACAAAUACAGAAAAAUCUAUUCUUUUACUCUUGAACCCCGCACUAUUGAGGACUUUGAGUCUAUGAAUACCUACCUUCAGACAUCGCCAGCAUCUGUGUUUACAAGCAAAUCAUUUUGUUCUUUGCAAACCCCAGAAGGGGUUCACUGUUUGGUGGGUUCCACCCUCACUUAUAGGAGAUUCAGUUAUAAGGACAAUGUAGAUCUUGUCGAAUUUAAGAGUCUGAAGGAGGAAGAAAUAGAAGACAUACUGAAAACUAUAUUUGGUGUUUCUUUAGAGAGAAAACUUGUGCCCAGGCAUGGUGAUAAAUUUUUUACUAUUUAGAAUAAGCAGCAGUAUAAGUUUUCAGUGUCCCUCCAUGUACUUGGACUUUUUAUGAUAAAUUUUCAAGCAGAUGUAUAGUAUAUGUAAUUGUAUGAGCCUUUUUGCAUUCAUACCCUAGCUUACCAGUUACUGGUAACUAGUAAUUUGUUGUAUCCUCUCUACUCCUAUAUUUUAAAUAGCAAUAAUUGCAUCUUGGAUAAACCUCAUUGGCUAUGAUACUGCCACUGUGCAAAGCUCUACUCCUGUAUUUUAAUAAAAGAAAACUAGACAUUUCAUUCAUAAAAUAUCAGCAUUUUUGGUUACAUGGCUUUUGAAUGAAACAUAGCUAGAAAUCAGCCAUUCAAAGAGUACUUUACUGACGACAUGGACACACUGGUGACCAUGCUGAUGUGUACAAGAAAACACCCAACAUUGGCUUACUGCUAAAUUCACAUGGAAUUUGUGGUAAUAGUUGAAUAAAAGAAAUAGUGAGAAAAACAUUCCCAUUAAAUUCAACCAACAUGAAUCCAAUAUCUAAUUUUUAUGAGAUAUUAUCUGUAUAAUUCAGGAUUUGUAUGUAGCAAAGAAGAAUGGAAACUAAUGUUGGUUCCCAAUAACUAUAUAGUCUUCAGUAUCUGACUUAUCCCAACACCUAGGGAGAUGUGAUUAGGACCAAAGAGAACCAGUCACACAGCUAAUGAUUUCCUUCUGUGUUGUUUUUUUAUCCAGUUCUUUUUAUACUCUUUUUCUUACUGUGGGAACAAACACCAGUAUUUAGAAAUGUAAGCUUCUGUAUUUUAAAAAUGUAAGUCUAAAAUAAUAUAAAUGAUGAACUAUCUAUGUCAAAUGUUUCAAAGAGGUAUAUUAAAACAGGUUGACUAA